UUAACACUAACACAUUUUUCUUAUUUCGUUUAUUUCAAUUUGUGUCAUCAUUUUCUUAAACAUUCAAGUUAAUUUGAUUACCUAUUAACCUCUAUCUCUGUGUCCAUCAACUUGAAAACCCUUCUCAUUGAUUUAAUCCAAGGUAAACUCUUGUCCAUAUUGUGUGUUGAUUUGUUUUCCUCUUACUCGCUCACUAUGGAUGACGCAUUUCCCUCAUCUCAAUCAUUAGCAAACAAAUGGAAAGAUGAAGAUCUAGACGAUGAUAUUAAAGAUAAUUGGGACGAUGAAGAUGAGGAAGAAGAAGUAGUAAUCGAAGAGAAACCACAACCUGUUAAGAAAAAGCCUUUCAAGGAAAGAAUCAAGGAGAAAGAUGAAAAACGACGCCAAGCAGAAGCUGAACUCGAGGCCUUAGCCAAUAAAGUGAGAACACCUGAAGAAAUAUUAGCCGAUAAAUUGGAACAGCAAAGGUUGCAAGAAGAAUCUGAUCUUAUGUUAGCAAAGGAUACUUUCGGUGUCGGUGUCCCUUCUGGUUGCCUAAGCGAUGUUGAACUAGUUACCAAAGCUAAUUUUGAAGAUUUUAGGAAACUUUUAGUGGACAAAUUGGCAACAGCUGAGAAAUCGCCUCUUUAUGUUGGUUUUCUAGAAACACUUUUCCGGGAAUUGUGUGUUGGAAUGGAAGUUGAUGACCUCAAAAGAUUAUCAAGUAGUUUGAGUGCUCUAUAUAACGAAAAAAUCAAAGCUCAAAAGUCUGCCAAACCCAAGAAGAAGACUUUAGUUAAAUCAUCAAUCAAAUUAGAAAGAAAUAAUUUACAACCAGAAUAUGAUGAUGAUUAUAUGAAUGAGUAUGAAGAGUUUUUGUAACCCUGGAUAAAUUACAUUUAAAUCUUUUUAUUUGCUGUGUGGGUAAUUUUUCAUUUUGCAAGAAACAAAAUGCUUAAGCAUAUAUAAUAUACAUACAAUUACAUAUAUAAUAUUAACUAAUUAAGAGAUUGUUUGAUCAAUUUUAACAUUUUUCCACAGCUUUCAAUUGUUACCGUGUUAACUUUAAAUGUUUAUAUUUUCAGAGAAAAUAUUAACUUUCAAUUUGUUUAUUCACCAUAAACAAGUCCAAAAGGAAUUACAUUGUAAUCGGUAAAAACAAUGGUGAUGACGAUUUGAUUGUCAAGAGGAGUCUUCAUUAUUAUUGGAAAAUUAUCUCGAUAACGUUUAAUUAUCUCAAUAUGAUUACGAUCACAAUCACUUCUAUUCACCGUAUUUCUUAUUAACUCUUCAUGGUGGAAGCAAUUUUAGUUAAUCUGAUUUUCGUUAAAUUGUCCAGAAAAAAAAGCGUAAACAAAAAUAAAGAAGAAACAAGUUAAUCGUUA